GUGGUGUUUGGGUGUUUAGGACCAGCCGGGUGUCUCGGAGCGGUGGCACAGAGUUGAAUUGUGCCCCACAUUUGUGUCGGCAGCGGGUGGGGCUCUUGAAAGUGAGGAGACCUGGGCACCGUACCCUCUCCACGAGUUUCCUACUAUCGACUACUUCUUCAACCUCGGACCAGACAUCGAGAUGAGCAGGCCCUUCACGUCUCCACGCCUCAGCCGCUAUGCGAGCUGCGGCAGUGGCACUAACCCGAUUGGCAUCAUGUGCCCGCGGGAAAUGCCCGGGCCACUGGAGAUGAGGUCUUCCACCGCUCUCUUCUUACCCGUUUCGUCCUUGUCCUCUGUUUUGGUUGGCCAGCGGAGAAUGUCGCCCUCAUCUCACAGCCCGUGGACAAACGACGCAACAGUGAAUGGACAGAGCUUUCGCGCACGGCAGAUGACUGUGCAGGCUCCUGAACUGGUUUGUUUGAGACUUGCCAGAAGAUGCCUUGGAGCCUCUGAGCUUUGGAAGAAGCAGGCCCCAAAACCCUAGGAUUUCCGCUGUCCGGGCGCGAAGUAUGAACGGCCGGGGCACCAAAUCCGGGA